AAUCAAAACCAAACACACACAUCAAGAUUCAUAUAAACAAAAAUAUCUUUUAAGAAAAAUGUCAGACAACAAGCAGCAGAGCUUCCAAGCCGGUCAAGCCGCAGGCCAAGCUGAGGAGAAGAGUAAUGUGUUGCUGGACAAGGCCAAGGAUGCUGCUGCAGCGACUGGAGCGUCCGCACAAACAGCGGGACAGAAAGUAACAGAGGCGGGAGGAGGAGCUGUUAAUGUCGUCAAGGAGAAUACCGGCAUGAACAAGUAGUGAUUCAGAUAAUAAAACUGAGAGUAAUAAUUGCCAUUUUUAAUCAAUGGUUGUGGUUUUUGAAUAAAACUGAGUAUCAUCUUCAUCCUACUUGUUAUUGUUGUGUUUUAGUGUUUUAAUGUUUUCAAUAAUGUUUCUCCCUUUAAGGGUACGUUUCGAUGUUUAUGUAUUUAGCUUCCAGUUAAUUUAUAAACAUCUCAUCUGAGUUCCAACAAC